AUGGAGUGCCCCCCUCCGAGCAAGCGCCCCCGCCUUUCGUUGAACAACAACCCCCUAGAAGUAGAGGAGGAUCCACUAGAAGACGAACUCUUGUCGCUGCCGUCAGAAGUCAACGCGAGACGAGAUCCGAAUGCGAGGCUGGAACGGUCGAGACAGCGGGCGGUGAACAAGCUCAAGACGGCGUUUGAGAGCAUCUUUGAGAAGUACGGGAGGGAUUUUGAGGGGGUGGGGGACGAGGUUGAUUUGAGAACUGGGAGGAUAGUGGUUAAUAAUGGGCAUAUUGAGGGGAUGAGGGGGAGUGACCUCUUGGUUGGCGAGAGUGAGGAUGAGGGGGAUGGGGAGGGGGAGAAUGGGGGAGGCAAUGGGGGGAAGGAAUAUAAUGAGGAGGAGAGGCUUCUUCAGGGUGUGGGAGAUGCUCAAGGACUGAGUAGGUUGGGGCAGGAUGUGAUGCUGCCGCAGAUGAUGGGGAUGAAUAUGGGAGGGGGGGUGAUGCUUCCACAGAUGAUGGGGCAGUCGGAAUUGGCGAUGGGGGGUGGGUUUGAGGGGUGGCCUGGGAUGAUGGGACAGAUGGGGUUGUCGAAUAUGGGAUUUGAGGGGCAGAUGGGGCCGGGUGUGAUGUUUUCUGGACAGAUGGAGGGGGGUAUGAUGUUUCCGGGACAGAUGGAAGGGUUUAGUGGGUGGCCGGUGGAAUAUGGACUGCCGAUCGAUCUACAGACCAGCGAUCCGACUUGGCAGGCGCCGGCGCUGCCGCCUUCGUUUAUGUACCGGCCUGCAGCGAUGACGGAUGCGCCUCAGGUGAAGAAGAAGCGGAUUUCACUUGCUGCGCCGAGGGAUGAGCAGGGCGAUAAUGAGGACGAUGUUUUGCUGGGAGUUUUUACGAAGAAUAAGGGUAUGGAGACGACGGAGACGCCGAUAAAGCAGAAGUUGCUGUUGCCGAAGCCGCCGCCUGAUACGGGGCCGGAAAAGAAGAAGAGGGGACUUGGAAAAAGAAAGUCCAAGGUUGGAUCGGAUACACCCAAAAAAUCAGCGCAUAAAGAUGCGGAAAAGGAUGUGGCGAAAGCGCCUUCGCCGCCACGGGACGGUGUUGCGAUGGCUGAAGCGGAGAGUACUCCUUCGAAGACGGACGGAGUUCAGCCAGAUGUUGAGAUUGUGACGGCCGACAUCAGUUCUCCAACAACUGAACCGGAACCGACUGCAACGCUUGUAGAAACCGAGAGCCCGAAGACUCCAGAACAGAAGCCUACGGUGAUGGCUGUUCGGUCGCGACCACCACCAGUUCAAGAUUCAGUACCUGCCGAGGAUCCAGAUGUCUAUAUCUACGUGUCUGAUUCAGAGCACAAGUCCGCUAGGAAACCGCGAAAUCAGAGUCUACGGGUGGAGAUUGUGGCCAAAACUCCACUGGAUAUCUCCUCGUUCAGGGCUGUUACGCCUGAGCAAAGCGAGGGUGACCAUCCUAUUCCACAGGAAAAGGAUGGGGAGGAAAAUGUUCCACCAGUAACAAUGAUACCUCUGGCGCCCGAGGAGAAAGAAACAAACCACUCAACCAGACCCCCGGCUGUUGAAAGUGAAAUAGAAGCCAAUGGCCAGCCGGAGCCGCCAGGAGAACUAUUUACUCGGCAUGUAGUGGAUGCAGAAUACGACCUGUCUGACGAAGAUCAGCCCAUGCAGAAGACGCAACGGCAGCCACAAAAGCAGGCAGGAGCAAGCCGCAAAAAGGACGAAGGUCUGUUACGGAAAACUUUACGCAAGCCACUUGGCAUCGUGGCUUCCGACACAAAUACGUCGGACAAACCACACGAUGUGCCGAUGCCUGACGCUGGAAAUCUUAAUCCAAAAGAUUCGAGCCUGGAGAAUCAGGCUAACCGUGAAGAUGAACGGGUCGCGGUAGAGUUGAAAGAAUCGUCACCGCAACUAGCACCACCUAUUAUUGAUACAGAAUCAUCGAUACCAAGCAUUAUGGUUCGGCCGCCCCAAAGAACAGAAGUUAUCUACACAAUCGGCAGCGAGGAGACGCCAUGGCCAAACAGACGCAGAGGGAGACCAUCCUUCAGGGGUAGAGACCCGCGAGGCGAAAUCCCAGACUCUGAUCCCAUUGGCGGUUUCUCGACCCAGGAAAAUCUCGACGACGAUGUAAGGCCACCAUCGUCAAGUCUGUCGUUUAAUGGAGACGAAGAGACAACGCUGGAAAUACCAGAUUCUUAUAUUGAACCGUCAAGUGAGAUGGGAAUUGUGGAGGAAGAAACCCCGCGAAAUCACACGGUUCCGUCGCCAACUCUGUCAUCCUGCGCCCCCGAUGAUGAGAUGCUGGGACCGAUCGCUUCUCUAUCUUUACAGCCUCAAGAUACUGAGAUGUUGGACUUUGCCUCCAUUGCAUCUUCUCCGGGGCCAGCCGAAAUAUCAGACCCUGUCCCGGCUCUGUCGUCCCAGUCUCAGGACGGGGCCGCCACGGACACGACAUCGUCACCACUGCCAGGUACCCCCCACGACAAUAUUAACAAUAUGACGCUAGAAAGCAUCGCCAUUACAUCUUCACCAUUUAUAUCCAAACCAGCCCAACGGAAAGGGGAUUUUCACCUCAGGCCUUCCACGCCCUCGUAUCUUACAACACCACCGAGGAGACCGCGUGGCCGGCCCCCAAAGGCAAAACCAACACCACCCACCAUACCAGCAACCACACCAUUAUCCACCAUAUCAAACACACCAACCGCCGCCGAACCAGCUAAAACCCCAGCCCCAAAACCACCACCCACCACCGUCAAGCCAACAACAACACCAACCGUCACCAAACCGACCAAAACGCCCACAUCAAAACGACCAGCACCCUCGACUAAACCAACCAAGGACCCCACCUCAAAACCACCCCCCGUUUCAUCCUCAAUUACCCCCACCGCCAAAAGGAAACGUCGCUCGGGGGUGCUGUCUCUGCUCUCCGACUCGGAAGACGACGAGUUAGCUGUCUUGUCGCCGUCUGUUUCGUCUGUGACGCCCAUUAUGAGGUCUUCUCCUGCUUCGAAUCAUGUGAGGUUGUUUUCGAGGGUGAGUGGUACGCCGAGGGGGACAUACUUGGUCAAAAAGCCAGAGGGCUCGGCAAGGAAGGGGGAUAAAAAGGAGAGUUUUAUGGCGAGAGUUGCUGUUAAGAGGCAGGUGAAGAGGGUGAAAGGGGGGGGUGAGGAUAAGGGAAAGGGGGGGAGGUGUGAAGGGGGUGUGGGAAGGUUUUUUGCUUUGGGUGUGUGA